ACACUUCACAACUUCCAAGAAGAGCUCACUGCACCCUCUGCUUGGGACAGGAUCUGGAGCUUGGAAAAAAAGUGCAGAAAAGAGGGAGGCAGGGAAAGGGGACGUCAACCGACAAAAGGACACCCUGCCUGUUACUCGCUGCAAAGAAACUGGUGCUACAACUCCCUCGCCUCGGGCCCCCAGAAGCUGCUACGGGGCAGAGCCUCAGAAAACGAGAAUGGGAAGGCCACUGGGUCCUCAUCUUAACCACUGCUGGGCUGCGUUCCACCUCUUCCUCUCCCUGAGCCUUGCCCAGUAUGAGAAUUGGCCCUACCACAGAGACGCCCUCCCCGAAUACCUCCAGCAGCCCCCGCCAGAGUACUCCCCGCCCGAGCGGCCGGCCGGGGUCCCCAAGGUCCAGCUGCGGCUGGCGGGGCAGAAGCGGAAGCACAACGAGGGACGGGUGGAGGUGAACUACGACGGAGAGUGGGGGACUGUGUGCGAUGACGACUUCUCCAUCCACGCUGCCCACGUGGUUUGCCGGGAACUGGGCUAUAUCGAGGCCAUGUCUUGGACCCCCAGUUCCUCCUAUGGGAAGGGAGAAGGCCGAAUCUGGAUGGAUAAUGUCCACUGCACUGGUAAGGAGGUGACCCUCGCUGCUUGUUCGUCCAAUGGCUGGGGCGUCACUGACUGCAAACACACAGAAGACGUGGGGGUCGUGUGCAGUGAGAAGAGGAUCCCUGGAUUCAAGUUUGAUAACUCGUUAAUCAACCAAAUAGAUAACCUGAAUAUCCAGGUGGAAGAUAUCCGGAUCAGAGCCAUUCUCUCAGCCUACCGUAAACGUACCCCCGUGACCGAAGGGUACGUGGAGGUGAAGGAAGGUGGGAACUGGAAGCAGAUCUGUGACAAGCAGUGGACUGCCAAGAACUCCCGCGUGGUCUGCGGCAUGUUUGGGUUUCCGGGGGAGAAGAAAUACAACACCAAAGUGUACAAAAUGUUCGCCAGCCGGCGGAAGCAGCGGUACUGGCCCUAUGCCAUGGACUGCGUGGGCAGCGAGGCUCACAUCUCGAGCUGCAAGCUGGGCACCCAAGUCUCCGUGGACCCAGAGAAGAACGCAACCUGUGAGAACGGGCUGCCAGCCGUCGUGAGCUGCGUUCCUGGCCGGGCAUUUGCUCCCACUAGCAACUCGGGCUUCCGGAAAGCUUUCAAGCCAGAGCAACCACUGGUGCGACUGAGAGGUGGAGCGAACACUGGGGAAGGUCGAGUGGAGGUGCUGAAGAACGGUGAAUGGGGAACCGUAUGUGACGACCAGUGGAAUCUGGUGUCCGCCAGCGUGGUCUGUCGAGAGUUGGGCUUUGGAAGCGCCAAGGAAGCCAUCACUGGGGCUAGACUCGGGCAAGGGAUGGGACCCAUUCACCUGAACGAAAUCGAGUGCACAGGGUUCGAGAAGUCCAUUACUGAUUGCAAAUUCAACAUUGAGUCACUGGGGUGUAACCAUGAAGAAGAUGCCGGGGUGAGGUGCAAUAUCCCUGCUAUGGGCUUCCAGAACCAGCUGCGUCUGAGCGGGGGGCGUAACCCCUAUGAGGGUCGUGUGCAGGUGCUGAUGCAGCACAAUGGGACCCUGAAGUGGGGGACGGUCUGUGGAGAAAACUGGGGCACCGUGGAGGCCAUGGUGGUCUGCAGACAGCUGGGCCUUGGGUUUGCCAGCCAUGCCUUCCAGGAGACCUGGUACUGGCACGGGGAUGUCAAUGCCAACAACGUGCUCAUGAGUGGAGUCAAGUGUUCAGGAACAGAGAUGUCCCUGGCACACUGCCGCCAUGAUGGUGCAGAUGUGUCUUGCCCCCGUGGAGGGAGUCGCUAUGCUGCCGGUGUUUCGUGUUCACAAACUGCCCCCGACCUGGUCCUCAACGCUGAGAUUGUCCAGCAGAGCACGUACCUGGAGGACCGGCCAAUGUUCAUGCUGCAGUGUGCCAUGGAGGAGAACUGCCUCGCCUCUUCGGCGGCCCAGACCUCGCCCACCUCGGGUUACCGGCGGCUGCUGCGCUUCUCCUCCCAGAUCCACAACAAUGGCCAGUCGGACUUCCGCCCCAAGAACGGCCGCCAUGCCUGGAUCUGGCAUGACUGCCACAGGCAUUACCACAGCAUGGAAGUCUUCACCUAUUAUGACCUUCUGAACCUCAAUGGGACCAAGGUGGCUGAGGGCCAUAAAGCCAGCUUCUGCCUGGAAGACACAGAGUGUGAAGCAGAAAUUCAGAAGAAUUAUGAGUGUGCCAAUUUUGGGGAGCAGGGUAUCACCGUGGGAUGCUGGGACAUUUAUCGCCAUGACAUCGACUGCCAGUGGGUGGACAUCACUGACGUGCCCCCAGGGGACUACCUGUUCCAGGUUGUUAUUAACCCCAACUACGAAGUGGCCGAAUCAGACUACACCAACAAUGUCAUGAAAUGCCGGACCCGCUAUGAUGGCCACCGCAUCUGGAUGUACAACUGCCACAUAGGUGGCUCCUACAGUGAUGAAACAGAGAGCAAGUUUGAUCACUUUGGUGGCCUGGCGAAUAACCAGAUCUCCUCUCGGUAAAGAGCCAGCCGGAGGCCCUCCCCACCCAGGACACUGCACUAUUUACCCUGGGGUCUUCCCUAACCACUGCACAGCCACCAGCGAACCAGGUCCUUCCCUCCUCCACGCCCCUGCCCAACUGGGCCCUUUGAUUUUUGAAGGACAAAUGAAUGCCCUUUGCCUCCUUUCCCAUCUACCCACUGCCUGAAACAU